AAUGGCACAGUGAAUGUGACCUGAAUGCGACGCUCAUUUAAUAAAGGAAUGAGACGCAAAACUCAUUGGAAACAGACCUAAGGAUCCUAUGGCACUGUGAAGAGCUUUAGCCGCGUUAGUCAUCGCACCCAAGACGAAAUCUAGGCUGAUUUAAUUUCACUCGAGGUUCCUCGUUUUCUACGACAAUUCUUCAUAAGACGUCAGCUUCGCGAGAAGACAUGAUGAGCUGUAGAGCGCAUUUCCUUUUUUAUCUUCUGAUCGUCGCUGAACCAUUUCCUGAGAUGAAAUGUCUACUUGAAUGAAGAUGAACUGAAAAAAAAAUUAACUACGGCUUGGGAUUUUAGAGGGUUUUUGUGAAACUACGAUCGGUGUUUUGGGUUUAGUUACACCGGUGCUGCGACCUUAAAAAUCCGUUCGCUGUAAAUGAGCACCGGGCAGACGCCUUGGUUUGCAGGCAAUAGGCAUUUUCGCAAGUCCAUAGCUGGUGUAUGUGGGGUGGAGCGGGAUCGGAGAAGAAGGACGCUGCGAUGCUGCGAUGGAAUGAAAUAGUCUACCCGAUGGAUUUAGCGUAUGAAAAAAAAAAACAAAAGACACCUAUGCUGUAGUGAAUCGCAGUUUCAGUGCAGUGACCGUAUAGAUUACUUUCAUUGUUAAGCAGGACGCCUACUCGACCGCUGCAAUAUUAUUUCGGCAAAGGCAUACGUCUAGGAGGGGUCUAGUAGCACGAUCGGCUGUGAGAAUAUAAAGCCUGCAAUUUUAUAAUGUCUUUCUAGCAGAAUGCAGUGAGCGUGUUUUUAUCCCACCACCAUUACGCCGUUUCCGGUUCCUAGCUGGUGUUUCCCCAUUGCAAACUAUUGGAAAAGCAGCAGAUCCAGAUGGCAUGGACACUUACGCAAGGUCUGCCGCUCUGCCGUGCUACUGGAGCCUAUUUGCAGUCUCCUACUUCAACUCAGCUCCAUCAUCAUCACCCAAGCGCCCCGAGAGCACUGCAGCAACGCGACCAGCAACCACAGAGCCAAAGCAGGCGGCAUGAGGCUUGAUUCAGUACAUUUCUCCAUGCUGGUCAUCGGGGUCUCCUUCGCCUGCUAUUCCCCGAGUUUAAAUUCCCUGCAGGACCAGGCUUACAAAUCAGCGGUGGUCAUUGAAGGCAAGGUGCAGGCUGUACCUGUGAAUGUCUCAAAGGAGCCGUACAGUGUGAAUGUCAAAGUGUUGGACGUGUGGCCGCUGAACAGCGGGGGGCUGGAGCGGGAGCAGCUGGUCACCGUCGGGGAGUUCGGUUCGGAGGCUCCGUGCACCAAAGUCAAGAAGAACCACAAAUACAUAUUUUUCAUGGACCCAACAGACGAGCCUCUGGUAUUCAAGGCAUCGUACGCUCCUCUAGACACAUAUGGGAAGAAUCUAAAGAAAGAUGUUGGGAAGAUCUUGUGCGAAGACUGCGCCUCCGCACCGAGGUUAAAACGACUGAGGAACCAGCUACUGGAAGAAGGCGACAGGCUGGCUCUGAAGUGUGAGGCCACUGGGAACCCCAGCCCAGCCUACACGUGGUACAAGGAUGGCAGCGAACUUAAGAAGAGCAAGGAAAUCAAAAUCAAGUCCAGCAAGAAAAACUCCAGGGUCCAGAUCAAUAGAGUGAAGCUGGAGGAUGCUGGGAAUUACACAUGUGUGGCAGAGAAUUUGCUGGGGAAGGAAAACACAACAAGCACCAUUAACGUCCAAAGCAUAACCACCACACUGUCUCCGGGCUCAGGUCACGCCAGAAGAUGCAACGAGACAGAGAAAGCCUACUGUGUGAAUGACGGUGACUGUUACUUCAUACAUGGUAUAAAUCAGCUUUCUUGCAAGUGCCCAAAUGAUUAUAACGGUGAUCGCUGUCAAACCUACGUUAUGGACGAUUUCUACAAGCAUCUUGGGAUUGAAUUAAUGGAGGCAGAGGAGCUUUACCAGAAGAGGGUCCUGACAAUCACAGGCAUCUGUGUGGCUCUGCUGGUGGUGGGCAUCGUGUGCGUGGUCGCCUACUGCAAAACCAAGAGACAGAGGAAGAAAAUGCACAACCACGUGCGUCAGAACAUGUGCGCUGACCAUCCUAACCGGAACCUGGCCAAUGGACCCAACCACCCCGGACCGGGCCCUGAGGAGAUCCCCAUGGUAGAUUACAUCUCGAAGAACGCACCAGCCACCGAGCGAGUCAUUCGGCACGGGGCAGAGGCGUCCUUCUCCGGCAGCCGAGCGUCUUCCAGAUCCCACCACACGUCAAGCCCCGCCCACUCAUCCACACACAGACACGAGGAUCGUACAUGGAGCUUGGACAGGACAGAGAGCGCACUGUCGGACUCCCCCUCGGGCAUGGCAUCGUCCUCCGUGGGGACCAGUAAAUGCAACAGUCCUGCGUGCAUGGAGGCGCGGGCCAGGCGUGCGGCACACUGUGGCAUUACUGAGCCCCACCACCCCGCCGCACGGUACAGGGACUCCUUCGACUCGCUGGGGGACUCUCCGCACAGCGACAGGUACGUGUCGGCGCUGACGACGCCGGCGCGCCUCUCUCCGGUGGACUUCCAUUACUCACUGCCCCCACAGGUGCCUACCUUCCAGAUCACCUCCCCCAACACCAGCCACGCCAUGUCCCUCCCGCCGGCCGCCCACACCUCCUACCAGCCGGAGGACGACCAGCCGCUGCUCCGCCGCUACCAGGUGCCGCUGCACGACGUCCAGCGGCACGAGCUCUACAGACAGCAACGUCGCACCUACCUGGACGAGAGCACCGGCAGCCUGCCGUCCAGCCCGUACCGACUGGCGGACGACGACGAGUAUGAGACCACGCAGGAGUACCUCUCCUCCCUGGAGAAACCAAAGAGAAGCGGAUCCAACGGCAGACGCUGGCGGAGGUCCAGGCUCAAUGGGCACGUGGCACAGCGAGGCGAGGCGGCGCGGGACUGCGGCUCGCGGAGCUGCCUGUCGGACAGCGAGUCCGAGGAGGAGGAUGGGGAGAGCACGCCCUUCCUCAGUAUGCAGAACAUGAGCACGGAGCCCGCUACCAUCUACAGGCCGGCCGAGGCACGGACUCAUCAGCCUUCGGGCAGGCAGAGUUCGCGCGGGAACCUGCCGCCCAGACUGACGCUGUCCCGGUCCAAACAGGACGGCGCUCCCCAGUAGAACCGACCUACCGACGCAACAAUACACUAUAGACCUGCACCUAUAAGAAAUAUUUUUAUUUUAUAUAACAGACAGAUAUUCUAACAAAUGAAAUAUUUAUUUUCAUUUUAGCAAAUGUUGUCUACUAGCUAACAGCAAAGACUUUUUUUAUAGGGAAAACUCUAUUUAUAUGUACAUUUUGAUUUACAGCAUAAUGAAAAAGAGACGUGCCGAUUUUUUCACAACUUAAAAAAGAAAUAGAACAACAUUGUGGUGCCUUUUGACGUAUGCCGAUGCCGGAGGUCCAGUUACGUUUUUUGUAGCCUUUCUUAUACGGACUCCUCAUUUUUAUACACGUUUCUUUCUGUUCUCUUCUUCAUUGUCCUUUCAUUUUUUCAAGGUUUGUUUUUUUUGGGGGAAAUCAUCCCUUUUUUGAACUGUGACAUCCUUGUCUCGUCAUACGAUGUAAGCCACUUCUGCCUAAGGUGUAUGUUUACACGAAUAUGAUUCGCUCGUUUGUUUGUCAUUUCGUUUGUUCGUUUUUUUGUUCUCGUAACAGGAGGCUGGGGGCGCGGCGGCCUUCCAAAUGCGGCGCCGCUCGCUUUUUGACUCGUCGCGGCGAACGGUUUCUGUAGAACCGUCGGUCUGGCAGGCAGUGGACACGGUAUCACCUUAAGCGUUUCUGUAGAACCACACGUCCAGGAGGCAGUGGACAUGGUACAGGCCCAGGUGUGUCUAUAGAAUUGCAAGUUUAGUGCAAUGGGAACUGGACAAGGUAUGACUUGAAGAUUUUCAUAGAAUUGAAAGCCUGGUAGGCAGUGGACAAGCACCACCCAGAGGGUGUCUGUGGAACUGCAGGUCUGGUGGGCAGUGGACCAGUACUAUGACUAGAGCUUCUGUAGAUCCAGCAGGUAGUGGAAGUGCUGUCACUCUGAGGUUUUUCUGUAGAUGGACAGAUCCAGUGGGCAGAGGACAUGGUACCAUGCCAAGGCUCCCUGGGAUUGAGGACAGGGUUUUAACAUUAUUUGCUGGCUGGCCUGGCCAACUUCCUCUUUCUUGUUCCGUGGGAGGGGUCACAUGACCAAACACCCGAAUCUGAUAAAAAGGCAGCAGAGUCUGGUAGAAGCAUCGGGCUGAGGGGCUAAAGGU